UUGAAGCAACUCAAUCUCUCUGACUUAUUACGGAUCGCACAGAAGCACAUGCGUGAUUACUCAUGAUUAUACGCAACGCUCAACACAAGUUUGCAGAAGAACCGGGUGUACUCUAUGGGUAUAGUUAUAAAUACGCACAGUAGUGUAGCAUGGUAGGAUUACGUCAGCGGCAUUUUGUGUCUCUGAUCGCAGCUCAGUUUGGGACUGUACCUUUACGAACAUGUCACGCUACUUCAUUGUGGUUACAUUGGCGUUAAUCACGAGUGCGUUGCAUUGUGGAAAUGGUGCGAGGAUAUUGGGUGUAUUCCCAAUGGCAUCGAUCAGCCAUCAGGUAGUAUUCCGCAAACUGACUUUGGAAUUGAAUAAACGAGGCCACGAGCUCGUCGUUCUGACGACAGAUCCCGUCAACGAUUCGACCUUGAAGAACUACAAGGAAAUAGACCUUCAUUUUCUCUACGAUAGCCUUAAAUUUGGAAACCUAAUAGACUUACGAGGAAAGAUUGAUUUCGUUGACAUGUUCAAGCAUUAUGAAGCUUUGUCGUGCUUUCAUACCAAUGAAGUAUUCAAUCAUCCGGAGUUUCGAAAAUUGUAUGCGCCCAACAGCGGUGAAAACUUUGACUUGAUAUUGUUAGAGACUUUUGUGUAUCCUGCAUUCCUGUCUCUUGCAGAACGAUUCAAAGCUCCGAUAAUCGGGAUCGCCAGUGCCGGCUUACAACUGAGUGUUCAAUACGACAUCGGCAAUCCCAUUCUGCCUUCUCAUCCGUCGAAUUGGAACAAAGAUAUGAGAGAUUUUGGAGCCUGGGUACCAUGGGAGCGGUUGGAUAACUUUAUCAAAGCUUGGAGACACAUUUACUACUACAGGACAGAAUUUUUGCCGAAACACCAGGCAAUCGCGGAGAAGCACAUGGGAAUCGAUAUCCCGCAUCUCGGUGACAUCCAUAAAAAUAUCAGUUUGAUUUUCGUUAAUCAACAGGGUCCAAUUUCUUUCGCUAGACCGAACCUUCCAAACAUCAUUGAAAUUGGAGGUUUUCACGUGUCAGCAUCGAUCAAGCCGUUAUCAAUGGACCUGCAAAAAAUUCUCGAUAACGCUACCCAGGGUUUUAUUUACAUGAGUCUUGGAUCAAACGCAAAAAGUAACAUGCUACAGGAGGAAACACGCAAUGAAUUCAUAGCUGCGUUUUCUGAACUACCCUACAAAGUGAUUUGGAAGUUCGAGGAUGAAGUACUUCCGAAAAAACCAGAUAACGUAAUCGCAAUGAAGUGGGUUCCUCAACAAGCUAUCCUAGCUCACCCCAACCUGAAGGUGUUCAUCUAUCAGGGUGGACUCCAGAGUACAGAGGAAGCCGUUUCACACGCAGUUCCUCUGAUCGGCUUGCCGGUCUUCGGUGACCAAGAUAUGAAUGUCGACAAAAUGGUAUCCCUUGGUGUCGCUAAGAAGCUCGAGAUCACUGCUGUCAAAAGGGACAAUCUACUGGAAGCAAUUCGUACCAUCACCCUGGACAAAGGGUACAAACAGCGGAUGUUGAAUCUACGAUUGCUGUUGAACGACAAGACACGCGAUUCGCUCGAGAACGCAAUUUGGUGGACGGAACACGUUAUACGACACAGAGGCGCUCCGCAUCUGCACUCCUCGACGGCCGACGAACCGUGGUAUCAGCGCCAGGACAUGGACAUUGUUGCUUUCAUUUCUGUCGUAUCUGUAAUAGUUUUAAUAUCAGUCUCAAUCGUUUCAUACAAAUCGAUAAUUUUUUUCCUCAAUGCGUUGUCGAGUUUGGGCGGGUCGGCCGGCAACAAAAAGAAAAGAAACUAGGUAUUUUUAACCGUACACACAUAACCCAAGUUGAUUUGGUUUUGUCCCAUAUCCAAUUUUUUCAAAUCAUAGUCGUUGCAAUCGAUGUCAAAACUUACGCAUAACCUUUGUUCUCAUGUUGUUGAAGCACAUCUGCCAACCCAAUAACGUCAGUUUUCAAUCUUCGAAUGUUUUUUCUGUCACUCGGCUAUUCUCUUGUUGUUUUUUUUUUCUCAUAACGGUUGUUAUCGAAUUUCAAAACCGUCUGAUAACGCCUAAUUUCAUCCAGGGUUACGUUUAAUUACUUGUUACAAGAGUCUCAUUAUUGUGAAAUAUGAAAGUUGCAACAAAUGGUAUUGUUAAUGUUGCAACGUAACUGAUUCAUUUCUUUUAGUACAAAAAUGUAUAUAUGCUAAGUUAUUGUGGGAGAGAGGGAUCAGACACCUACCUAAUUGAAUAUUAAAAAUCAAAGUAUUACUUUGGUAUAGAUAUCUUGAUGAAA